GCGGCGGGGAGCGGCCCCUCGCGAGCGGCGGCGGCCAGAGAGCGCCCGCGGGCUUCCGUAGCCGGCGCGCGGCCCGUCUCGCGCGGCCCCGCGGGGCGGCGGCGGCCAUGGCGGCGGCGCGCUUCGACUCGUCGGACCGCUCGGCCUGGUACGUGGGCCCGCUGUCGCGGCAGGAGGCGCAGGGCCGGCUGCAGGGCCAGCGCCACGGCGUCUUCCUGGUGCGCGACUCGUCCACCUGCCCCGGCGACUACGUGCUGUCCGUGUCGGAGAACUCGCGCGUCUCCCACUACAUCAUCAACUCGCUGCCCAACCGGCGCUUCAAGAUCGGCGACCAGGAGUUCGAGCACCUGCCGGCGCUGCUCGAGUUCUACAAGAUCCACUACCUGGACACGACCACGCUGCUGGAGCCCGCGCCCAGGUAUCCGAGCCCGCCGAUGGGCUCUGCCUCAGCACCCAACCUGCCUCCCACAGAAGAAAACGUGGAAUACGUGCGGACUCUAUAUGAGUUUUCUGGGAAUGAUCCCGAAGACCUGGCCUUCAAGAAGGGUGAGAUCCUGGCCAUCGUUGAGAAACCCGAGGAGCAGUGGUGGAGUGCGCGCAACAAGGAUGGGCAGGUGGGGAUGAUUCCUGUGCCUUAUGUAGAAAAGCUGGUCAGGUCUUCCCCCCAUGGGAAGCACGGAAACCGCAAUUCCAACAGUUAUGGGAUCCCCGAACCUGCUCACGCCUAUGCCCAGCCUCAGACGGCCAAUCCUCUGCCAGCGGUCUCCAGUCCUCCGGGGGCAGUGAUGAGCCCCCUGCCCUCCACCCAGAAUGGACCUGUCUUUGCAAAAGCAAUUCAGAAGAGAGUCCCGUGCGCCUAUGACAAGACUGCCUUGGCCUUAGAGGUGGGUGACAUUGUGAAAGUGACAAGAAUGAACAUCAAUGGUCAGUGGGAAGGAGAAGUCAAUGGCCGCAAAGGGCUCUUUCCUUUCACACACGUCAAGAUCAUUGACCCUCAAAAUCCAGAUGAAAACGAGUGAUUCCUGUUACCCACCGUAUGCUGCUGCUGCUCCUGCUUCAUGUUCUGGCUCUCAUUAGUAGCAUCCUCUGAAAUGGGAUUCCAUUCUCUCUCACAGGCAAGCUAGGGAGCCUGGCCCAGCUCUCCAGCUUGCUUCCGUUCGGUGGUCUUUUCUACACAUCUGGAAUGCACACAGCUGGCAGCCUUCGGCCAUCGUAUCGUCGCUGGAUUGUCUCAGACUUAGCCAAUUGUAGGAUCUUUUUGGAGUUUAGCUGGAAAGCCCUAGCGGAACUACACAGGAAAAAAGACAUUGAGGAAAGGGUCUGUUUCCCUCAUUCGGAUGCUCUCUUGGCUUCAUCCCGUCAAAUUCAGUUGAAGAAAGAAAGCAUUUGGCAAUUAUACUUGAACUUGAUGCAUAGCUCGCCCUCCAACUUGGUGUGCCAUCUUCAUCUUGUUGUUGAGAGGAGAAAUCAUGGAACUAGAAGAUGAGAGAAUUCUGUCCUAUCACAGUAAAAGCCGAAUUGGGACUUGGGAAAAGAAUCAUUGGAAUUGUGUAUUCUGAACAGUUAUAAAUUAUGAGUUUUCUCAGUACAGGGGAUUCUGCUUGCCUCUGAGCUUCGAAGGUGAAGUUUCUUUGAUUUAAAGAAAGAACUACAUUGAAGCCAAGGCCCAUCUUUAUGUCACGUCUUCAUUGUUGUAAAUGGUAGCCUGUUUUGCCAUGUGGUAAACAAACAAAAAAACCCCAUUAUAUUUAAUUCCAACUUUCCAAGUGUUGUAAACGGUAGAAAACAGACUUCAAGGAGAGAUACGUCCUUUUACUUCUCCCUAGUGAAACCAUCCUGAAUCUGCACAUGCACACAUACAUACACACACGGAGCCAUUUCUUUCUUUUUUUUUUUGGUCUGCUUUCAAUGAAUGCCCAUUUUAAAGGUGAACCAGCAAGAACUUCCCUAAGGGAGAUUGUUCUCUGAGCCUAGGAGUUGGAUCCACCUCUGUGGAAAGUGAGCAAUCUCCUUGCCCUUUGAGAGGCUGGAGAGAGCAGUCAGGCUCCAGGCUGUAUCUAGGUUGCAUUGUCACCAGCUGGAGAUACCCAGAGUUUGGGUUCCUCUUGGGCAGACUCAAGGGAUCCAGGAAAAGCAGGGUACUAGUUGGCUAGACCUACCAGGAGAGCUUUUGUAAUGCAGGAUAAUCUUGUUAGAUUUUUUUAAAAUACCCUUGAUUACACAUGGCAAUAGGAAAAGGCAUUCAGACUUGAUCUGUUGCAAAUAUGCGACUUGGGAAAUUUUAACACACUUACAGAAAUUCAAACUUUUAAUAUUAUUUUCUGCCAGAUAUUAGUAAAAGGAAAGGCAGAGGUUCAAACAGAAAAUCAGCACUGACUAUAAACAUAGAAAGAGCCCCUUAAUUAGUACAUUUGGUCUUUUGGUCUGCCCUUCCUACUGACUUAUUUUUUUUAGUCUUUAUAUAUUUGCAACUUAGAAUGUGUUCUGUGUUUUUGAGCCAAAGCUCAUAGACUCUUGGAUUGUUACAACUGGAAGAGAUGCAGCAUAGAAUUCCUCGCCACAAAACAAGCCAAGUUUUAUAGCUGAGGAGACUGAGGUCCAGAAGGGAGGGUUGAAGCCCAGAAGCCAGCUCUGCUUCCCCCUGCGCCGCACAUAGGACAGAAGAGGUGGCUGCCCAACAGCCGAGUUCAGCACGGUUGCGCUCACGAGCAUUGCGAAAUUCACGAAGAAACUUGAACGAUAAAAUUGAGAAAUUUGAGCCGAUCGGAGUUGGCCUGGGUUUUCCCAGCCGAUGACUAGUCCCCAUAGGCUGUGUGUGCAAUGACCUACUUCAAAAAUGCCUUUUCUUCAGCCAACAUUUCCACAACUACUUGAAGCUAUUUAUCAAUCUGUCCUACUGAAAAUGUGCCCGUUCUGGUUCCCCUCCUCUGCCAAAAGCCAAGGUCCAGCACGGUGUUUGCCUCGAACGGCCCCAGGAUCAGCCUUGAAUCCAUUCAACCCUUUUGUGCGUUCACUGUCAGACUUGCCCCUGGUCACACCUUCCAAAGAGUCUCCUUCCCAGCCCCGGCAAUCUGUGAAAGGGGAAAGCCCAUCUGGUUUCUGAAAGACACAAAGUGCUCCCUGGGCCAUGUCUAACUCCAUUUCGCAGCGAGCCCCUCGGUCCUCCCGAGGAGUCAGGGCUUGCUUGCACGCUAGUUGUAGAUGAAUUUUCCUUUGACUUGCUCUUCCUAGUCAUCAUCUUGUCCUGUGUGGGUUCAUGUAGGUCACCAAGCAAUAGAUCAGAAAAUGUUGGAGGGCAAGGGGGUAACCCCCUUAUUUAUUCUUUACACUAAAAUGCACAGAUCCCCCAAGGAGGUACACGUUUCUAGUGCUGCAGAGCAUGUUUUGGAGCCCAGGAAGCAUAAUCCAGGAUCUGUGAAGAGGCUGAGCAGAGUCCUAGAGACCAGGACUCUUAGAACUGGAAUGGACUGGGGAGAGCGCUCUGUUCUGUUCUGGGAGAAAGCUGGAUUUGGAGCCAAGCCCUGGGGGUUGAGUCUCGCCUCAGCUGCUCUCCGACUUGGUCACUGGAGGCAAGUUCCCUCCUCUAUGGGACUGGAUGCCUUUUUAGUGUCCUUUCUAACUCCUAAAUUGCUCCAAUCCUAUGAGCCUAAGUCACCGCCACAUUCUGCAGAAGAAGGGGUGUGAGAGAAGUUCAGAAGGGACAGGCCCUGCGAGAGCCUCCCAUGGCCUGGCCCCAUUCUGAGUGCCCCCCUCAGCUCGCAGACACAGUUUCCCAACGGUCCUGUCUGCUGUGAGUCUGUUCUCUGCCCUGGGAGGAUUGCAUGCACUCCGUGGGCAAGCGUUUCCCUCUGAGCCACUGCUUGUGCUGCUUGCUACCCUCCCUGCUUUGUGUGUCGCCCCGAUCUCUGGGUGUUCUGUGAGCCAUCACUGUGGUUCUGUUGGGACUUGGUGUCCCGAGGCUUUGGAUUCAAUGCACUGUUAAAGGGCUCACGCACCACCCCUUGUUCUUCUGUCAUUUGUGGACUAAGAGGGAGCUCCUGGCCCUUUGAGUUUCACCCAGAUCCCCAGUCCAAGUUGACGAGGUGGGUGAUGUCGCCUAACUUGGGUCAUUAGUCCCAUGUGCCUGUCUUCUGCUUCUGGCUUGGUCUCAAAGGGAGACUCACUCCCCAUGCCCCUGGCUCCCUGGGCCUGCGCUCGGCUACUCCAACUGCUUGGGAGGAGCCCAGGGACAGUGGGUCCCGGGGCCUCGGACCCAAAGCUGCUCAGCUGCGUCUGGGGAAGGAGACGGCUGUGGAGUUUGGUUUUCACACAGCCUUGCCAACUAACGCCGAGGAGCACGGGGCCCUGGGACAAGGGCGGUCCGUGGUGCCGGCCUCAGGCGCCCAACUUUUUCCUCAGCAGAUGAGGUCCCUCUUCACGAGGGACGGCUGCUUGGCUUCCGAGAUGGGCGUCACUGUGCUUUCCAGCCCCCAACGGGACAGAUGAUGACUCUUUCAACCUGUAACUUAAAAAUCAUGAACUUCAGGCAAUAAUAUUUUCUGUGUAAGCUUUUAAAAUUAUUUUUGGGGGAUCAUAGCUUGUUUUAUUUUGUGCUAUAAAAUUAACAGUAUUAAAUGACUUCUAUUCUUAGAAUACAUCGAGUGUCUUUUCUUAACAGAUUAGUGCCUUUUUAUUUUCCUACUCCAUUGAUUCCAUAGUACUGGGCCCAACAUCAAAGCCAGUGUUUUCAGUGGCCUGUUUGUACACUGUCUGAAUAAACCUUGCAUCAAUUCGAGGCA